UGGAGUUUAACAUUCGGUUGGGAGACUAUCCCAGCCCAUGAGAAGGAAAGGAGAAAGGAUGAGACCUACCCCAUUAAGUCUCCAACACAUGCUGGAGGUCUCUUCUCAAUAUCUAAGGCUUUCUUUGAGCACAUAGGAACAUAUGAUGAUCAAAUGGAAAUCUGGGGAGGAGAAAAUGUGGAAAUGUCUUUUAGGGUCUGGCUGUGUGGCGGUCAGUUGGAGAUCAUACCUUGCUCUGUAGUUGGCCACGUGUUUCGAACAAAGAGCCCGCACACCUUCCCCAAAGGAACACAGGUGAUCACUAGGAACCAGGUACGCCUAGCGGAGGUCUGGAUGGAUGAUUACAAGGAGAUCUACUACCGGAGAAAC